GUUCUACUCAAUCACUGAUCAGCUUCUUGUAGUUAUACGCAGUUAGUACAUGAUAGCUGAUUGGCGGCCCAGGUCUUACUUUCGUUUGCUAUGCAGCCAGCGAACCAUGUGCAUGUCUCAUCGGUGAGUGGCGCUAUGGUGUGUGCGCAAGCAGGCUGCUACUUCGUUCCCGUGCUAGAUGUGGUGCCGCGGCGACACGGCGCUCUCCCGGGCAGCAAUCCACGGGCACGAUGUGCGGAGCUGUGCGGUUUGGGUUGGAAGCAGGCGAGGAGGAAGGAGGUGGAAGCCGACGAGGAAAAAGAAGGGGCCCACCCCGCGGAGGCCGGGGACGAAAGUGCCGCGGUGAAUAGUGACCAACCUCGCACACCCGGGCGAGCACGGCAAGGCGGGCCUCACAGAAGCUCUGCGCGGCCGGAAGGCGCGACGGCUCUCGGGCGCCAGCGCGCAGCGCUCCCAACCCUGGGGCCCGCCCGGGGCGCCGUCUAUUUUCCUAUGUAUACCGGGCGCGGCGCCGUUUUUCUUAUGAAGCAAGGGCAAGCGCACUGCGUCAGCACGUAGUAGGGCGGCUCGCCGUAAAGGCCGGCCCGGAGGCCGUCAAGGCGCCGCUGUUAGCGUGCUUGUGUUCCGGAACGCAAAGGGAGCAGCACUGGAGUAGCGAACUCCAGAACGGUGGCGGGGCGAGUGGCGAGCAAUGAGUGAGGCGGCCGCGGCGGCGGUAGGCCGGACUGAUGCAAGCCGCGAGGCGACCGCCUGGCCAUGCCGGCCGCGCGCGCCUGCUAGAUAUUUGCGGCGCCCGCCUGCCGCGCAGCCUCGCUGUUGCGCCCCUGAGUGAUUUCGAAUCCCCCCGGUGCCGCGGCCUCCCCUGGCGGUCCGGCCACGCAGCCGCGCCAGCCUUCGCGCCUCUCAGAGCGAAGCUGGAGCAGCGCAUUGUGCUCUCGCCUCUCAAAGCAGACGAGUAGGAGUAGCACAUUGCGCGCUCGCCUGCGCCUAGCAGCAGCGCUUUUUCGUGGCGCUUUGACGUUUUUCCGACUGCUGGAAGCGCCAGGUCAAAAUGGCUCUCGCGAGCCAAUUCUUGUGGUCAUCGCACAU